AUGCGAGCAGCAGCGAUCUCCACGCCAAGGUUAAACAAAAUGCCAGGGAUGUUCUUCUCUGCUAAUCCAAAGGAAUUGAAAGAAACUGACCAUUCACUUCUAGAUGACAAAACUCAAAAAAAGAGGCCAAAGACUUUUGGGAUGGAUAUGAAAGCAUACCUGAGAUCUAUGAUCCCACAUCCAGAGUCUGGAAUGAAAUCUUCUAAGUCCAAAGACAUACUCUCUGCUAACGAAGUAAUGCAGUGGUCUCAAUCUCUGGAAAAACUACUUGCAAACCAAAUUGGUCAAGAUGUCUUUGGAAGUUUCCUGAAGUCUGAGUUCAGUGAGGAGAACAUUGAAUUCUGGCUGGCUUGUGAAGACUAUAAAAAAACGGAGUCUGAUCUUUUGCAUUGCAAAGCAGAGAAAAUAUAUAAAGCAUUUGUGCAUUCAGAUGCUGCUAAACAAAUCAAUAUUGACUUUCGCACUCGAGAAUCUACAGCCAAGAAGAUUAAAGCACCAACACCAACGUGUUUUGAUGAAGCCCAAAAAAUUAUAUAUACUCUUAUGGAAAAGGACUCUUACCCCAGAUUUCUCAAAUCAAAUAUUUACUUAAAUCUGCUGAAUGACCUUCAGGCUAAUAGUCUAAAGUGAUCAGUUCCUAGCUGGAGAGAAAUGAAGAUGGUUUCGAGGACAGAAGGAAUGUGCCACUUAUUGGCUCCCUGGGUGAACAACC